ACAGUAUCCCCAACUUCCCAAAUCCGCGUGUUGAGAAAAUUCCCUAACCUCGUUCACUUUUGAAACCGCGUGGCUGAGCACCAGGUAAAUUCUGGUUCAGCGCUGGUCAACUUUUGGAAAUAAGUUGAUUAUCUCGACCAGAAAGUUAUCAAAAAAUGGCAUCUGCUAUCAAAGAGGUUAACCCCGAAAAACCCGGCCAGGAUGCGCCCCCAAUCCACCACAUCCGGAUCACCCUAACAUCCCGAAACGUCCGUUCGCUUGAAAAAGUCUGUUCGGACUUAAUUGACGCCGCCAAGAAGCAAAAAUUGCGCGUCAAGGGGCCAGUCCGCAUGCCAACCAAGAUCUUGCGGAUCACCACCAGGAAAACGCCCUGUGGUGAAGGUUCCAAGACCUGGGACCGAUUCCAGAUGAGGAUUCACAAGAGGGUCAUCGAUUUGCACUCCCCCUCUGAAAUCGUCAAACAGAUCACCUCAAUCAACAUUGAGCCCGGCGUGGAGGUUGAAGUAACCAUUGCAGAUGCCUAAUUGUUAAAACGUUUUUUAUAAGAACUAAAUAAAACUGCAAUGAA